AUGUGGUCCUCUAAGCCCAGCUCCAGGCUGCCCGCACUGCUGCUGCUGGCGCUGGCUUUGUCCCCGCCCGGGAUCCAGGGGCGGCCCCGGGGACGCAGGGCGGUGCGCGUCGCCGAGCUCAGGCCACAGCUUUUCCUCCCGGUGACGGGGACUCGCCUGGCCCCGCGAGUCUCCCGGAGCGCAGAAAUAUUCCCAAGAGACUUGACCUUGAAAGACAAAUUUAUAAAGCAUUUCACAGGGCCUGUCACAUUUUCAGCUGAAUGCAGCAAACACUUCCAUCGACUUUAUCACAAUACCAGGGAUUGCUCCAUGCCAGCCUAUUAUAAAAGAUGUGCUAGAUUGCUGACGAGGUUAGCUGUGAGUCCACUGUGCUCCCAGACCUAG